UUGCAGUAGAGCCAUCUUGUAUGAAUUCGCCUUAAUUUUGUUUUUCGCACUUGUAAACAAAACAAAUUAGUAUAAUUUUUUUUAAUAAUAAACAAAAAUAAAUAAUAACAAUAACAAAACUGUAAAAUUAGUGAAAACAAGUGUAAAUGGAAAUUAUUAUGAAAGUAAAAUGUUCACCAAGUCCGGGAGCUGGCUCCUCACCACAUUCUACACUGAAAAUAGUUGAUCAUCACCAUCAACUGCAACAGCAUACCUACACAAAUGCUGGCUACAAAUCAAGUCCUCCACCACCAUCACCACAUAAUGUAAUGCCACCGCGAACUUACACGCCCAACACACCACAUCCAGGCAAUAAAUAUGCCAUUAGCGGUGCAAAUAGUGGCAGCUCGUGUAAUGAUUGUUCAUUGGGCUAUUGUUGUAAUGUGUCACCAUGUUGUGCCACAACUCCCUCACCCUCUCAUUAUUCACAAACUCCACCUUUAGCCUUACAAAGGGCAUCACCAUCCUCCGCUACAACACCAGUGCAGUAUACCUCAACAGAAUCAUAUACGAGUAAUGCUCCAUGUCAAGCUGCAGAUGAACCUGAAUUUGUCUCCAUAGACGAUGAAAAGGUAAAACAGUAUUUAAUACGCUUGGGCCAGCAGCAAUUACAAAAACAACGACAACAGCAACAACAACAACAGCAGCAGCAAAGUCGUCCACAAAAAGAACCCAAAAUAACGCAUGUUUUUUCCGCUCCAACUAAUGCAAAUGCCGUGAAACCGGUAGUCUAUGAAAUUAUUGAGUUAGACGAUGAGGAUGAAAGGGAAAAACUCAAACAAAUCAAACAACAAGCCGAACAAAGUCUUGCAAAUAGAAAAUUACCGCCCAAUCUCACUAUAAACUUAGCCAAUCGUAAUACGAAAUCAUUGGACAUAAGUCUUAUACCUAAAACUUCCGACAACAAAAUCACUACACAAAACAGCCAAGAAUUGCCUUUAAUUAGCAGUCAAACAUCCAGUUCGCGAUCGUCAAUUAAUAAAAAUUCAGCAAAUCAUAAAAUUAUAGCUGAAAUUGAUUUGCUGGAAAGCGAUGAUGAAGAUGAUGCAUAUGUGCAUGAUGAUAACAACGAUGAGGAUGAUGAUGAUGACGAUGACACAUUACCUUUAGUAGCGGUUAGUUGUGAACUACAGUGUGAUGACGAAGAUGAGGAGGAUAUUGUACAGGUUAAUACAGCUGGAUGCAAUGUGCCCUACAACAGCGAGUAUUUAAAUGUUCAGCAGAAUAGAUCUACAGUAAAAUAUUCUAAACCAUUAGUUGAUGAUGUCGUUAUAGUCGGUUCGCAUGCAGAUAAAAAUAAUGAUGAUAAUAUGUUGGUUCGUUGGGAGGAAUAUGAGGGUCAACGAGAACGUGUCUUUUUCGAAUGUUUUUUAUGUGGUAAAAAAGUACAAUCUAGCUAUAAUCUAAGACGGCAUAUGAUGAUUCAUACAGGUGAACGUCCUUUUGGUUGCGAUUUAUGUGAUCGGCGAUUUCGCGAAUUUAGCGAUAUGAAAAAACAUCGACGUCGUCAUGCCAACGAGCCAAGCUAUCUCUGCAUGGUUUGUCAUGAACGACCACCUGUAGAUAAUGAUCCAACACGAUGCAUCAAUUGUUGUACACAAUCAAAAAAUGCUGUUAUUAUGGCUGCCAUGAAACCGGCCACAGAUGCUGAUAAUGCAGCCGAACAGAAUACACGUCUUAAGUCGGCAACUGUAACAGAAACAUUACAAUCCUCUAAGCCAUCCCUUUCAUCAUCAUCAUCCGUUACCCAUUCAGUGCCACAGAAGCAACUACAUACUCUACCAACCAUCACCUCCGUAACAAGUUAUAAUAUUGCGGCAAUAAGAACAAAAUCUCCCAAUAACAGCAGUGCUACUGCAGCAGCAAACACUAGUAGUGGCAAUACAAAAUCAACCGAAGAUACACAACGUCUUUUGGAUAAUAUACCAGCCGUACAUCGUCCUGGUUACAAUGAAUUGGGCAUGAUUACGCGUAAAGAGUUUCCCUGUCCGUUGUGCAAUCGUGCCUUUGGCACUCGUCACAAUCUUAAGCGUCACUACAUGAUACAUACGGGUGAGAAACCAUUUAGCUGCAGCAAGUGCCGUAAACCCUUUAGGGAAUAUUCAACGCUUAAGAAACAUAUGGUCACUCACAUACGUGAACGUUGGUACAAGUGUAUGCGCUGUCCCAUGAAAUUCCGUGAUUUCCUUAAGUACACAGAACAUAAGGAAACUCAUCGCAAUGACAGUGAUAGUGAUGAGCAGCAGCAUUUGGCAACGAGUUCUUCAAAAUCGACAAAAUAUUCUUCCGCAAUGCAAGUUGAUGGUUAUAUGGAUUCAAAUGAUGAUGAUUCAGGUGCUGAAGAUUGGCUGGAGUGUUGUGAGUGUAAUCAACGUUUUAAUGAAAUCGAUGCCUAUAAUGAACACUUAAAGGAACACGAUGUCAAUACCCAAAUCUUUCAGUGUUACAUUUGCAAAGAGCAAUUAAAGACACGAGCUGAAUUAGAUCAGCAUAUAGCCCGGCAGCAUAAAUUGGAUACAACGGAUUCCAUGGAUGAGGAUAAUGGUGAAGCCUGAGUAUACGUGUUUAGUAAUAAUUUUAUUUGUUUAAGUAUAUAUUUAUGUUCCCCUAAUAUCAAUUGGGUUUUGGUUACUUUCACCUUUAUCCCAAAAUAUGAACACAUUCCCCUGUUUGCCAUUAUCAUAUAUGAGCAGUGAUAAAUUAAGUAAUAAAUUAUAAAUUUUUUUAAUAUUAAUUUUAAUGAGAUUAUUUUUUGUUUAACUUUAAAAACUUAUACUUAUUAUUUUAAGUUUCAAAUGCUCCUCUCCUUUUUUGUUGAAAGGCUCAGCAAGUUUAAUUAUAGUGCAAUUGUAAAAUAUCGAUAAAAAUUUAUAUUUUUUAUACAAAAUAUAUAGUUUAUAUUUAAAUGUGAAUCUCUUAGAAUAAAAAGAGAUAUCCAAAUGUUUAUAUGUGUGCGUGUCUAUGCUAUAUGAAAAUUGUUAUUUUAUCAUAAAUUAUUGUGCUUAAGUUUUAAUUUUCAUUCCUUCUAACUGUAACAAGAUAUUAACUUUACAUUCCAAAUAAAGUAUAUAUUCUUCAUUUAUA